AUGCCGCAACCUCUUAGUUCGAAAGAGAAUGCUCUCUUUCGCCAGGUCAUUCGAUUCUACGAAGACAAGCAAUACAAGCGUGGCCUGAAAGCCGCCGAACAAAUUCUCAAGAAGAAUCCGAAACAUGGCGACACAAUGGCCAUGAAGGCCCUGAUCAUGAACCAGCAGGGCAAGACCGACGAGGCAUUUGCUUUGGGCAAGGAGGCUCUGAUGGCCGACAUGAAGUCGCAUAUCUGCUGGCACGUCUAUGGUCUCCUCUACAGAUCUCAGAAGAACUUUGAAGAGGCGAUCAAGGCGUAUAAGUCGGCUCUAAAGCUAGAACCUGAAUCUGUACAGAUUCAAAGAGACUUGGCUUUCUUGCAGGUUCAGAUGCGAGACUACCAAGGUUAUAUCCAAAGCAGAUCCUCAAUGCUUCAGGCAAGACCACAACUGCGCCAGAACUGGACUGCCCUCGCCGUGGCCCACCACCUUGCUGGGGAAUUGGAACAAGCCGAGAAGAUUCUGACGACAUACGAAGAGUCGCUCAAAUCGCCGCCGUCCAAGACCGACUACGAGAACUCGGAAGCUGUCAUGUACAAAAACACUCUGAUCGCUGAAAGAGGUGACUAUGAACGCGCUCUUGAACACCUCAAGACCAUUGCAAAGCACAACCUGGAUCGCUUGGCUGUCAUGGAACUGCGCGCAGAGUACCUCAAGAAACUUGGCAAGAAAGAAGAGGCUGUCCAGGCAUACAGGAGUCUCCUUGACAGAAACUCCGAACACCCGGAUUACUAUAUUGGCCUCAUCGAGGUAUCUGAUAUUCCAGCAGACGACCAGAAGGCCAAAAAGGCCAUCUAUGACGAGUAUGCGGAGAAGUAUCCUCGCUCCGAUGCUGCAAAGCGCUUGCCGCUUGACUUUCUCACCGGAGAUAUCUUUCGGGAAGCUGCCAAGUCUUAUCUCAACUUGAUGUUGGAUAAGGGUGUUCCUUCGACAUUUGCCAACUUGAAGCAUCUCUACGCUGACUCUUCCAAAAAAGAAACCCUGGGCUCUCUUGCAGUCGAAUAUUUCGAAUCCAAGAAGUCCGAGGGCGGUGCUGAAGCAAAUGGCGAUGCCUUGAAGGGUGAAGGCGCCGCUCUCUACUACCUGGCGCAACACUACAACUACCACUUGAGCCGCGAUCUAGAGAAGGCUCUCGAGUACGUCAACAAGGGCAUCGAACUUGCUCCCAAGAACGUGGAGUUUCACAUGACCAAGGCCAGGAUCUAUAAGCACUAUGGAAACACCCAGAAGGCUGCUGAAACCAUGGACGAAGCCCGCAACCUCGAUCUCAAAGACCGCUACAUCAACACCAAGGCAGCAAAGUAUCAGUUGCGCAGCGACAACACAGAAAAGGCAUUAGAGCUCAUGGGCAUGUUCACGAGACCUGACUCGACCGCCGGCCCGCUCAGCGAUCUACUUGACAUGCAGUGUGUUUGGUACAUGACUGAGGAUGGUGAAGCCCACGUCCGGAAAGGAAACAUCGGUCUGGCCCUCAAGCGUUUCCAUGCCGUGUACGGUUUCUUUGAUGUAUGGGUAGAAGAUCAGUUUGACUUUCACAGUUUCUCUCUCCGUAAAGGGCAGAUUCGGGCAUAUGUUGACAUGAUCCGUUGGGAGGACCACGUUCGCGAGCACCCAUUCUACACCCGGGCUGCCCUUGCAGCUGUCAACUUGUACAUCAGCAUGUAUGACAGUAAAUCCUUGCCGAAUGGCGUCAAUGGGGGCGAUGCUGCCAACGGCGCUGACGCUGCCGAGCGAAAGAAGGCUGCGCAGAAGGCCAAGAAGGCUGCUCAAAAGGCCGAACGAGAGGCAGCUGAACGUGCAGCAAAGCAGGACCCGAACAAGCCCAAGAAGGCCAACGAGGAGCCCAAGAAGGUGGAUGAAGAUCCUGACGGCGUACAGCUUGCUGCCACCGAGGAUCCACUUGCCGAAGCCACCAAAUUUUUGGUUCACCUACUCCAGUACAGCCCCAAGCUCAUCGAUGCGCAAAUCGCUGGCUUCGAGGUCUACGUUAGACGAGAGAAGUAUCUACUCGCGCUUCGUUGCCUGAAGCAGGCACUUGCGCUCGAUCCCGAACAUCCCAAGGUUCAUGAGCAACUUGUAUAUUUCCGUCAUAUUCUCAACACCAAACUCAGCUCUCUCCCUCACAAGACACAAGAGGUGGUCAAGGCUGAGUUUGACGUGCUUGACGCGUCUACUGACCUGAAGAAGUACAACGAUGAGUUCGAGGCCAAGCACAAGGACAGUGCGCCGCACGUUAUCGCUGCAAUCAAGGCAAAAAAGCACCUCGGCGAAGAUCAAGCUAAGGUGGAGAAAGAGCUGACCGAGGUCAUCAGCAUCUCAGGAGUUGAUUUCGAAGCGGCUCAGGAAGUCUUGGGGCUGUUGAGAAGCUGGAGAAGUAAAGAGGUCGACGGCUUCAAGAAACAGGCGGCUCAGAAAUGGCCUGAAGUUACUGCUUUCGCAUAG